GGACUCCUUUCCAUUUGAUCAACAGUUUAACAUUUUGAUGAGAUUUAUUGUGGAUCAAACUCAAACUCCUAACCUCAAGGUCAAAGUUGCAAUCCUGAAGUACAUUGAGUCCCUCGCUCGGCAGAUGGAUCCAACAGAUUUUGUAAACUCUAGUGAGACGAGGCUUGCUGUUUCUAGAAUUAUAACUUGGACGACAGAACCAAAGAGUUCAGACGUGAGAAAGGCAGCACAAAUUGUGCUGAUCUCUCUGUUUGAAUUGAACACUCCUGAAUUUACCAUGUUACUUGGUGCCUUGCCAAAAACAUUCCAGGAUGGUGCCACCAAACUCCUGCAUAACCACCUCAAGAACGCUAGUAACACCAGUGUGGGCUCUCCGAGCAAUACAAUUGGCCGAACUCCCUCCCGACACACCAGCAGCAGGACCAGCCCCCUGACCUCACCCACCAACUGUUCCCAUGGGGGCCUAUCUCCCAGCAUGCUGGAGUAUGAUACAGAGAACCUGAACUCUGAAGAAAUUUAUAGUUCUCUGCGUGGAGUUACGGAAGCCAUUGAAAAGUUUAGUUUUCGAAGCCAAGAGGAUCUGAAUGAGCCAAUUAAACGAGAUGGCAAGAAGGACUGUGAUAUUGUGUCCCGUGAUGGUGGAGUUGCCUCGCCUGCCACUGAAGGCCGGGGCGGCAGCGAUGUGGUGGAGGGAGGCAGAACAGCUCUGGAUAACAAGACGUCCCUUCUCAACACCCAGCCUCCCCGCGCCUUCCCAGGGCCCCGGGUGCGAGACUACAAUCCGUACCCGUACUCCGACACCAUCAACACCUAUGACAAGACAGCCCUGAAGGAGGCCGUGUUUGAUGAUGACAUGGAGCAGCUUCGAGAUGUGCCCAUUGACCAUUCGGACUUGGUGGCUGACCUUCUGAAAGAGCUGUCCAACCACAACGAGCGAGUGGAGGAGCGGAAAGGCGCCCUGCUGGAGCUGCUCAAGAUCACGCGCGAGGACAGCCUGGGCGUGUGGGAGGAGCACUUCAAGACCAUCCUGCUCCUGCUGCUGGAGACGCUCGGGGACAAAGACCAUUCCAUCCGAGCACUAGCACUGAGGGUUUUACGAGAAAUUCUGAGGAACCAGCCAGCAAGAUUUAAAAACUACGCCGAGCUGACCAUUAUGAAGACUCUGGAAGCCCAUAAAGAUUCCCAUAAGGAGGUAGUGAGAGCGGCUGAGGAGGCGGCGUCCACACUGGCCAGCUCCAUCCACCCAGAGCAGUGCAUCAAAGUUCUCUGUCCCAUCAUCCAAACAGCCGACUACCCUAUCAACCUCGCCGCCAUCAAGAUGCAGACCAAAGUCGUCGAGAGGAUCGCCAAGGAGUCCUUGCUGCAGCUCCUCGCUGACAUCAUCCCAGGCUUGCUACAGGGCUAUGACAACACCGAAAGCAGUGUACGUAAGGCCAGCGUGUUUUGCUUAGUGGCAAUUUAUUCCGUAAUUGGAGAAGAGCUGAAACCUCACCUCGCGCAGCUCACGGGGAGCAAGAUGAAGCUACUAAACUUAUAUAUAAAGAGGGCCCAAACCACGAACAGCAACAGCAGCUCCUCCUCCGACGUAUCCACACACAGCUAAUACAGCACCACAGUCUCUUCGUGUAGCCCUAGAAGCAAUCGGUGGCGCCUCUCAGAGACCCUCCCCGACCCUCCCCCUCAUCGGCUGCCCAGUCAGUACAAGGAGGCCCGCAAAUAUUUAUUACAAUCAGUAUUUUGGUCCCUUUCAGCUUUUGUGUAGAAUCUUACUGGUAUUGAAUGUAAAGGAAGCAAGGCCUGUAUUACAAUCUUCAUACAAAGCAAAUGGAAUAAGAAAAGAGCCAUACGUGAACACGUCUUGUACAGUCGGCUGAGAUCACAAAACCGCGCAGUUUCAAAAAUAUCAGAGCUCUCUAGCCAAUACUUGGUAGAAAGUAGCAUUUUCUCUUAGUUAAUAACAUUGGAGGAGGGUAUGUUAAUUUGUGCUUCUCUCUCAUCCUCGCUUACUUCCUUCUGGAUACGGCCUGUGACGCCAGGACAGGGUCAUACGUCUUUGAGUUGUACUGUGAGACCUACUAAGAAUGUGAGUCCAGUCUUGGCAAGAAAAAGAGAAAAGCCUGAAGACAGUCUUGUAACAACCACGUGGGAUUUUGCUUGUACACGAUCUAGACUGGAGGCCCAGGGCCCCCUCCGCAGGCUCCUUCCAGGACGGGCUCCCCGCCCCUCCGAACACUCCACUCUCACUAUCCCCACCCGGAGCUUCCAGUUGAAAUCUUUCUUCUGUUUCAAUCCAAACUCAAAAAUCAGAGUAAAUCUGUAGCAGCCAUCAUGGGUGCCUAACGUGGCAUUUCAUGAAGCGUGGAAGGUACAAGAGAAGGGGUGUGUGUGUGUGUGUGUGUGUGUGUGUUCCGCUCCUCAGCUCUUGGGGAGACACCAUGUUAACAGUCUCCGCCUUGACCCUGGUGCUUGGUGGUUUGGAUCUUUGGAUUUAGCGCCAUCUCAGUUUCUCCCCGGCAGCCUCUGCCGAGGCUGCUCAGUUCUGAAGCGUUCUCCGUCCGUCUGGUAAAGGGCGACUCUGUCAUCCCAGUUUUGCCUUCUCGGUUUAAUUUAGGAGUAAGAGCAAAGAAAAGUCCAGAGAAGCCAAGUAUCAGAAUCUUUUUUUUUUUUUUAAAUUUUAUGAAUAUAAGUACUUCCUUGCUCAUCUGUUGAAAUAAUCCUUGUUUAAGGAUAAAGUAAUUUAGCGGCUGGCAAAUUGCAGAAAAACAGACUUUAAAACCCAGUUUUAAAGUCUGUUUCCUUUUCUCCAGUGAGAAAUUAUCAGAGAAACUACCCUUCUGAAAAUAUUCUCUUAAGGGUGUGAUUGCUCCAGUAAAAGGAGCUCUAGACUUGGAAUCUGGUUAAAUCCAUUUUCAGUAAAAUUCUCAAAGCCAAAUGGAAAUCCUUGAUGCCAUUACAAAGACUUCUAUCCUCUGUCCAAAUGGAACUGGUUUUUCCCUCCAAAAAAUGCCUACUCUGGUAUUUUUUUCAUGAGGCGUUCACUGUUCCGAUGCUGAAUCCCCUGCAGCCAGCACCACUGAGAACAGAGACCAUGUGGGGUCAUCACGGACAUCCCUAGACAUUCCCCUGCUCUGGUCCUGUGGCCUUGUGUUGGAAGUUGUGACACUGUAGCACACAUAAACUCAGUUUCAUUCAGAAUUUAUUUUAGAUAAUUUGGAGCUAGGCACUGAAAAUGAAGGUCCAGGAACAGUGAAGCCAGGGUGCCUUCACAGAGAGAAAGCGUGUGUGUGUGUGUGUGUGUGUGUGUGUGUGUGUGUGUGUGUGUGUGUGUAUGUGUAUGUGUAGGGGUCUCUCGCACAUGGAGGGAAGUACCCCACUGCUGCUGUUGAAGGAACUUCAGGGGUGCAUUUUAAGUGGUUGAAUAUUGACUGACUUUUGGCUCAGAACAUAGCAGGACCAGGCCUUACUUUCAUUGAUAAAUACCGCCUGUUAAUAUUUCACUAAUGGGAUUUCCUUUUUACAAUCGACAAGUGAGUCAGGGCACCUUUUGAUCACUCCUCUGUCUUAGAAACGUGCAUUCCGGCGAGGUUAUUUAUGAGUUCUUUCACACCUGAUGGGUUUGGAAAGGCCUUCCUCCUUGAAAUCUCUGACUCCCCGGUCUCCCAGGCCCCGCCGCCUGCGGUUGGGAAGAACCUUGAACAUUGCCGAAUGUCCUCCUAGUACUCACAAAGGGCUAGCCUUGAAUGUCACUUGCCCGAUUCAGUCCCCCCACCUAGAGAUGCAAUCAUGGACAGGUCUCUUGGCCUCAGUCAAAGCUGCUGGCGUGGCCGGGGAGACUCGCAUGCCGCCGCCACCACCUCACAGGGAGGGAGCCGCACCGACUCCGCCCUCCGAAGCCCGGACAGCAGCCGCUGCCUCACCCUCCCUCCCUGCAGGCCUCGUUUUGGGCUGAAACACCACACAGAGCAAAGCACCCAAAACUGCAAAACUGUGUUUGCUGCCCCUGUUUACUGGACCGUCCAGGACCCCGAAGAGCCCACCCGAGCCUCCCUCCCGCUGGGGCUGGCAUCCCUCCUGGCUCCCGCUUCUUCCCACGGUGCGGCCCGCAGGCUGCGGCUGCGGUGGGCACCAGCUUCCUCCGAGUACACUGUGUGUGCUUCGCUGGACCGGCGCGGACGGCCCGGGACUGCCUCUCUGUGGCCCCACCGGCUUCUCCCCUGUGCAGGUGAGGCAACCGAUUGUGGUCUCAUCAGUCUUUUUCUUUCCCUGCCGCCCUUUAUUUAUCGAGCAUAAUACUACACAUUAACAGCAAAUAAGAACUUUGUAGAAUCCCACCAGGACUUUGCUAACAGUGAUGUUUGGAAAUGAAAACAACGCUCGGAAAACUCUCAGCCACCAUAAUAGUUUUGUCAGCGCUGUGUUCACACGCAUGGUCCCCACACCCCCAGGUUGGGUUUUUUGGGUUUUGUUUUUGUUUUUUGGGGGCUUUUCAUGUUACAUCCAUAUCUGUAUUUAUAUCUUAUUUGUUUCACUUUCAAGUGUAUCAUGGCAAAUGUACAGAUUUUUUUUGUUAAUAAUGUGCUAGGAUUUGCUAAAAAAGAAAACAAAACAAAAAAAAACCCUUUUGAGUUUGCCCUAGAAUAAAUGAAACUUAAUUCA